ACCUUAGAACAGUCCUUAGUUGAAACUCACGCGCUAUUCGCCUGACUUACUGCUUUCCACCGAAUGUGACCGCCUUGAUAAUUAACCCGAUUGCUUAUAUAAAGAGCCUAUACAAGGGUCGAGGACUGAGCAGUAAGUUGUGCACUGGUGAAAUGGUCAACUGUAAAGUGGUGUUGCCUUUGUUGGCAGCUCUAGGCUACCUGCUGGUAGGUGUUACCGCCCAGCAGAAGGACUGGUGGGAGACCACCGUAUUUUAUCAAAUCUAUCCCCGAUCUUUCUACGAUUCAAAUGGCGAUGGAGUCGGUGACGUCAGAGGGGUUACCGCAAAGCUACAGUAUUUGAAGGACAGCGGACUGGAUGCAACGUGGCUUAGUCCGAUCUUCUCAUCGCCACAAGAGGACUAUGGUUACGACGUGAGCGAUUUCCUCUCGGUUGAUCCUCUGUUCGGAACGAACGCAGAUCUCGAAGAAUUAUUCGCGGAGGCGAAGAAAUUAGGAAUCAAAAUCAUUCUUGAUUUUGUACCGAAUCACACCAGCAAUCAACACGAAUGGUUCAUCAAGUCCGAGCAAAGGAUUGAGCCAUACACGGAUUAUUAUAUUUGGCACAGCGGAAGACCGAACGGAAAUGACCGUCCAUUGGUUCCGAAUAACUGGCAAUCCUUAUUCUACGGCUCGGCUUGGCAAUGGAGUGACAUCCGUCAGCAGUACUAUCUGCACCAGUUUGCCGUUGGUCAGCCGGAUCUUAACUACCGAAACGAAGCAGUGAUCAAAGAGUUUGACGACAUUCUGCGCUUCUGGAUGGCAAAAGGUGCAUCAGGAUUCCGAGUUGAUGCUGUCAAUCAUAUGUUCGAGGUUGAAGAUUUGCGCGAUGAACCCAUCAACAAUCCGGACGAUCCUUUCAGCUAUGGUUACACUCAUCACAUUUAUACGAAAGAUUUGCCGGAAACAUACGAGGUGGUGGGACGUUGGCGAAAACUCAUAGAUGACUACGUGGCCGCAAAUGGACUAGAGACUGUUAUCAUGAUGACGGAGGCGUACGCCAACUUAACCAUGACUAUGAAGUUUUACCAAUCUGAUGAUGGACGGCCGAGAGCCCAUUUCCCGUUCAAUUUCGCUAUGAUUGAAGAUCUGCACGAUUGGUCGAAUGCAUACGACUUCAAGUACAUCAUCGAUCGAUGGUUGGGAAACAUGCCGAGCGGUAAAAUCACCAACUGGGUAUUGGGCAACCAUGACAAACCCCGUUUUGCUAGUCGUUAUGGACGCGAUCGAAUCGAUGGGAUGGCACUUAUGUUGAUGACACUGCCUGGAGCUGCCGUUGUCUACAACGGUGAGGAAAUCGGUAUGGAAGACUUCCGUGAUAUGUCCUUCGAAGAUACCCGAGAUCCUCAGGGAUGCAAUCUUGGACCGAAUAACUAUAAGUGGGCUUCAAGAGAUCCUCAGCGAACGCCAUUCCAAUGGGAUAACGGGUACAAUGCCGGUUUCUCGAGUGCUGCAAAGACAUGGCUUCCAAUACAUCCACAGUACGCGGGAAAUAAUCUUCGCCAGCAACAGGAGGCAGCAACUAGCACUUACAAGUACUACGUGGCAGCCAUUAAACUGCGCAAAGAACGUGUCUUCACACAUGGUGCAUUCGAGUCGCGUGCUUUCAACGACGAAGUAUUUGGCUUCGUGCGGUACAUUCAUGAGAAUGACAACCGAUAUCUCGACCCAUACAAUGUUGUACUCAUAAACCUGUCCGGGUACUCACAGAAGAUAUAUGUACACCAUCUGUAUGAGUUUGCGAGUGAAGUUGCCACUGUCAAACUGGCUAGUAAACAGUCCAGCUACAAUGUCGGAGCUGUUGUCAGCACGGCGGGACUAACGCUGGGACCAUAUGAGGCAGUUGUGCUUGGUAAUUGAAGUCCCACAAAAAGAAGGACGAUCUAAAAAACGGUCUUGCUCGUGGUUUUUUAGCUUUCAAUAAAAUAUUUGCAAAAAGUUUA